AUGUCACUUAGACGUUCAGCCCGACUGGGCUCUAUCCCAACUACCAAACCACCAACCAUAUCGAGUAAAGCAAGAGUCGCAAAACCUCGCAAAGCAACAAAACCAAAAGCACAGCCAAAACCAGAAGCUUCCUACUGGUCUCCGGAGCCACUCGCAGCAGAAAAAGAAACAGACCAAAAACCCACGCCCACUAACCCCCCUCACUUCAGACCAUCGACGCCUCCUCCUCUGGACCGCCCCGUCGACCCUCACCGAACCAACGCAACCCUCCUCACCCCGCACGGCUCAGCAGUAAACGCCUACCCUGCCCACAUAGAAGAUGCCUCGCCCACAAAAACAGGGCUCCCCCGACCCCUCGCUACAACGGGAACUAUCCUCGAUCAAGCAACCGCACAUCUGAUCGCCACAGAUCCCCGCUUGGCAACAAUAAUCUCACAGCAUCCCUGUCCACUCUUCUCGCCCGCUGGCCUGGCCGAGGAAAUUGACCCUUUCAAUAGCCUGACUAGCAGCAUUAUCGGCCAGCAAGUCUCGGGUGCAGCGGCGAAGUCUAUUCGAAAUAAGUUCCUUGCGUUGUUUGAUUUGCCUGACGCUGUUGCGCCGGAUGGACAUCGUCAUCCGAAGUUCCCGACUCCGGACCGGGUUGCUAAGUGUGAUAUUCCGACUUUGCGCUCGGCGGGUUUGUCGCAGCGGAAGGCAGAGUAUAUUCAAGGUCUCGCGGAGAAAUUUGCGAAUGGGGAGCUUGGAGCUAGGAUGCUGGCUAGCGCGACUGACGAGGAGCUUUUUGAUAAAUUGAUUGCCGUCAGGGGGUUGGGGAAGUGGUCUGUUGAGAUGUUUGCUAUCUUUGCGCUUAAGCGCAUUGAUGUCUUUUCUACUGGUGAUUUAGGAGUGCAACGAGGCUGUGCUGCCUUUGUUGGCCGUGAUGUGAGCAAACUCAAAGGCAAAGGGGGUGGUAAAUUUAAAUACAUGGCAGAGAAGGACAUGUUGGAGCUUGCUGCCAAGUUUGCGCCUUAUAGGAGCUUGUUCAUGUGGUAUAUGUGGCGGAUUGAGAAUGUCGAUGUGGCAGUACUCAGUGGCUGA